AUGGCGGCCGCGGACCAGAUACACAACGUGUAUCUUUAUCUUCAACCCCGUGAGCUCGAGCGGCCGGUCAGCCUUGAAGUAUACUGGGAUCUGGGAGCGCUGCGUGAGCACUUGUGGCAGACGACAAGUGAUGUUGGCUGUGCCGUUCGUGGUUUGGAUUGUGCGGAACGAGGACGAGACAAGACUGUGAAGACACUUGAGCCCUUUGGCAUGGAAGAGAAGAAGCCUGCCUCUGGACCCUUUUUCAUCGUGGUUGAGACGAUAUAUUCGACAUGGGCGGAUGCGGUGCCCCACGUUUGGUUGCAGCCCAUGGCCAUUGUUCCUGGAAGGGAGUGGGAAGGAGUGUUCGCCUGCGGGGAGUGUGGUGGGGGAUUGGAUGAGGACGACGAAGCGUUUGAAGAAGAAGCCCUGGCCUAA